UCCAAUGUGUCAAUACAAGUUGUGACACUGAUGAAGGGAAUACCAGACCUUCAGAGGGUAUACGUCAUGUUUCACUUCACCACUCCUAUAUAAAGGAGGGACCGGGGUUACCUGAACAGAAAAAAUGUUCACUUUAUCCAUGGAUAAGUGUAUCACCGUAUUGUUGUGCGGGACUGCAAUACUUGCGCAAUCCCAAUGGCAGUGGAUCCAACCCCUAGAUAUACAGUCCAACAGCAACUCGUCUUGUGUUCCUGUAGGACAUGAUCUCGUCAUCACCUGCACGCGUAACCCAAAACCGGAAGCAACAGGACCAGAACAAAGGAUAACUGUAAAAAAGCAAUUAAUGGGUUCGAGUACGACUAUAUUACCGAUGGGUAUCAAACAAGGAGUUGAAGUUUUACUUCCAAAUGUGACUUUGAAUGAUACCGCCAUCUACACCUGUUGUCUAGGUGAUGACUGUGUGGGACUAAACUUCGUUAUCGGAGAAUUACCGCCUGCUCCACAAGACUUUGAGUGUGUCAUUUAUGAUGUUUACUACAUGGAAUGUACUUGGACCAGUUCAGAUAAAUGUGUCACGUGGUCCGUACAAUACGAAACCGUUCCAAGCUAUCCCAAUAGAUAUGAUCGCGAAAAAUUGACACAAACGGCAUGCGAUGGCACAGGAACCCCCUUAUUACACGGGUGUAACCCCAAGAACAAUUGCUCUGACCACACGAAAUGUAUACGAAAUGUUUGGAGUUUAGAAAUACCUCAAUUGGAUGUCGUGUACAAGAUCAGCCUGACAGGAUCAGGGAUAUAUGGAGUAGCAACUUACUACUACAACAUUAGUACUAGCUAUGUUAUUGAAAAACUUGGUAACCUGUAUAGCUGCAGUUCCCUAUUUAACGGAAGCACGGUCGAAAUUGGUUGUAAAUUUCCAUUGCCUCCGACUGGAUUUGAAAAUGGACUAAGGUGUAAAAUAACAGCCGAGUCAAUAUACAGCACGCGUUAUGAUACCAUCGAAUACACAGUUGGAAAUUUAUCCUAUCGGUUGGAGGACAGUCAUCCUUACACGUUCUACAACAUGUCACUGACAUGUCAAGUUAAUAAAAGUCUAUAUUGGGGAAACCCCUUCAUCUACCAGUUCACAACACCGCAGGAUGUGCCAUUGGUUGGUCCCUCUACAAGUAACCAGUCCUAUACUGUGUGGUGUAAAGCGGACAAACCUCAUGUUUCAAUAUACAUUCAGCAUCCAAGUGCAUACCAAACACAAGGAAUCCUGACAGGAUAUAAUAUGAAAAUUGAAUCAUCUGCGGAUUGCUGGAAUCAGUCCUUCGUCCCAAACAAAACAACUCUGAUGUUUUCUAGUAUGGAUUUUAACAUGUGUGGAACUUCUGUAAACUAUGAUGUCACUAUAUGGUCACAAACGAGUGAAGGUGAUUCAAAGGAAGGAACUCACCUGUCUAUUUCUGCUAAUCCAACGCAUAUGGUCAUAACUGAAGUUAUAGUAGAAGAAACUAACUCUGGAUAUCGAGUUAGCUGGAAAGGUCAAUCAAAUCAAUCAAACAAAUGUGUAUACCACUGGUGUAUCUCCGACCGUAAAUCACAGGGAUGGACAGAUAACGUCACAUGUCUGGGAAGGUACAACUUUAAUGAAACAACAGGCAGACACUCACUUAUUCCACUAGAUACGGACGAUGGAUUAUUAUGGAAGUUUGGUGUUUCCCAAAACGGUACUGGAAUUCGAUGGCAAGACUGUGUAUUUUCGAAUGGACCACCUAUAAGAAAACCUGACCGCCUUGAUAAUGAAUCAACCAUCGAACUACCUGAGAAAAUGGCAUUUUGCUCAAAAACGUCUCAGAAAGGACCAAAGCCACUGGAAUACUUAGUACUGUAUUCUGACAUCGAACGUAGCACAAGCAAACACUUCACCGUUAACGCAAGUAUGAGGACCAGCUUCAACGGCAUACACCUGAUUGCUGACACGUUGUACACCGUGAAAUACAAGAUCAUAUACUCUAAUGGUCGACAAUCAGAAUUCAGUGACGCGGUGUCUUUUAAAACACCGACAAAAGCUCCAGCGCAACAGAGAGUUUCAGGAAGUUCCAGUUCUACCACCGAAGUGUGGAAGGUAGCAGGUGGCAUAAUGGGAGCAAUAGCCUUUCUUAUCAUAGCGCUCAUUUUGAUUUACACUGCGAAUUGGCGAUGGAAGAAUAUGGAUGAUAAGAUAGAAGACGUGUCCGUGCAACCUCCCGACAUUACGGAGAGCUAUAAAGAAAAGUUUGGGACAAUUACCUACAAAACACCAGACAGUGGCCGAGGGACACUAUCCUCUACGAACACUAGCUUAAAUGACAAUCAGCUCCAAAGAGCAACGAUUCCAUCAACUCCACGGAAACCACAAAAUCGGCUCCCUGUUCCAUGUGAUAUCCAUGAUGUAUCGCAAACAAACCAUGGUUUUCUGGUGAGCAAUGAUGAGGAAUCGGCCGAAUCGGAGCAAGUUCCCUUUGUCCCUAAUGGAACAGUAGAUAGUACUGAAGCUGACAUUCACAAUUCACAAAACUUACAAUUUUUCAAUGAUAAUGUCAAAUUUGAGAGAAACCAAAAUGCCGAUUACGUUCAAGUUGAUCAAUUGAUCAGUCCUCCAUCAUCUCCAGUAGACUAUGACGCGACUUCCGGUGUGAAUACUAAGGGAUUGACAACAACUGACGAUGCUGGUCCGGAAAACCAUGACAUGAUUGGUAAUACUGAAAAUACGACGGACGAAAAAGGUGAUGUUAAUCCAACUUUACGUUUGCAAAACGAGCAUCAUUCAACACAAAAUUCGAUAUGUGAGGACUACGUUCUUGCAGGAUUCCUUGGAAGCCAAGGGCAAUAUAACCAAAAACUUUAACAUAAUCUUCUGAGCAUAUACAAGCUCUAAUCAACUUUUCUCCUGCUGGUGGCGCAGUGGAUAGCACAUUCACCUUUCACGGGCUUCGAUUCCCAGAUCAAACCAGAAAUUAAGAUAUCACUACAUGCCCAUCAACGAGAGUUUACUCGGGAUACUCCGGUUUCUUUCCGCACUUCAAACCAUACCAACAAUAGUGGCUUUUAUAAAAUAAUAAUGAAUAAAAAUUAUUUUGUCCUGGUAAGAUUAAGUCAAAGAUAAGAUCAGAAGCAAAUGUUGAACGUACUAGUCCUGGGCAUGUGGGUGAUCCUAGCCGUAUUAACUAGCCCUUGAUUUGUAUAUCGACAUAUCAGAAGCAAAUGUUGAACCACGGAAUAAGAUUAGAAAAUACAGACGCGAGAUGAAAUUGGAGUUGCCAAUCCAUGUUAUCUAAAUCCGUGGUUGAACGUACUAGUCCUGGGCAAGUGGGUGAUCCUAGCCGUAUACUAACAGCCCUUGAUUUGUAUAUCGACAUAUCAUCAGAAGCAAAUGUCGAACGCACUAGUCCUGGGCAUGUGGGUGAUCCUAGCCGUAUUAACAGCCCUUGAUUUGUAUAUCCAUCUAGAAAAUUAUUUCUGUGUGAAAGGGAUUCUACGUGACGUAUGUCAACAUUUUUCCUCAAACCCAGUGCGACUACCGUAUAAAACCCAGUGCGACUACCGUAUAAAACCCAGUGCGACUACCGUAUAAAACCCAGUGCGACUACCGUAUAAAACCCAGUGCGACUACCGUAUAAAACCCAGUGCGACUACCGUAUAAAACCCAGUGCGACUACCGUAUAAAACCCAGUGCGACUACCGUAUAAAACCCAGUGCGACUACCGUAUAAAACCCAGUGCGACUACCGUAUAAAACCCAGUGCGACUACCGUAUAAAACCCAGUGCGACUACCGUAUAAAACCCAGUGCGACUACCGUAUAAAACCCAGUGCGACUACCGUAUAAAACCCAGUGCGGCUACCGUAUAAAACCCAGUGCGACUACCGUAUAAAACCCAACCUUAAGCUUGUGACCGGAGAUUCGACUUACGCCCUGUUUUCAUCAUGUCUAAGUGAACAAUUCUAAACACUUGGCAGAUGCAGGGAGGAAAACAAGUGCAAACAUGUGAUACGGUGUAAUGUCGUUUGUUUGAAGGGGUUUGAUGUGUCCACUUCACUUCCUUUUUGGAAUAUGUGUAAUGUGGUGAGCCAUAUCAUUACAACAAGAGGCUCCAUUGGGCCUCCAUUGGGCCUGCAUCGCUCACCUGGUAUUAAUCUCACACUUAUUACCUUAAAAGUGGACUAAAAUAUCAGUAUUCAUGACUAUAAUUAUUCUAAAGAACCUGUUGAAAGAUUUAAACACAUUUGAUCCCUGUGACUUUGAAAGUCAAGCAAGGUCAUUACAUUUAACAAACAUUAUAGCCCUUCAUCUCAGAUGCAACUUGAUUACCAACCUUGUCCUGUUGUUUAUUGAGAUAAGGUCAUUUAAAGGUUUACACACAUUUGUGUCUUAAAAGUGGAUCAAGGUCAUUCAAAUGCAAAAACUUGAUGGCCCUUCAUCCAAAUAUCAACAUUUUUGGCUUUUCAUAAGGUUUAAAACAUAUUUGACCCAUGUGACCUUGA